CAGUUGUGACCAGAUCAGUUCCAGAUGUGUGUGCAACUUGCCACAUUCAUGCUACAUGUCAUCAAAUUGAAGGAAAAAGUGUCUGCAUCUGUAACUAUGGAUUUGUAGGCAAUGGAAGAACUCAUUGUCAAGAUAAAGAUGAAUGCCAGAUUGGAGCCGUCAAGAUCUGUGGAAAUCACACACUGUGUCAUAAUACACACGGAAGUUUUUACUGUGUUUGCCUUGAUGGAUACCGAGCCUCCAACAACAACAAGACAUUUAUUCCCAAUGAUGGCACGAACUGUACAGAUAUAGAUGAAUGUGAGGAGUCUGGGCUGUGCGGUCACAAUGCAAGAUGCAUGAAUACUGAAGGCAGCUACAACUGUUACUGCAAUGAAGGUUAUAAAUUGGAAAAUGGAGAGCGUUCUUUUCAUCCAGAUGGGAGCGGAGUUUCAUGCAAAGAAAUUGGAUGUGGUUCCCCUCCUGAAAUGCAGCAUGGCUACAUUGUGGGAAACUACAGCUCACUACUAGGAAGUGUGGUUCUGUAUGAAUGUAAAGAAGGAUUUUACAGCGACGAGGGCAAGUUCUCACAUUGCACUGCAAAUGAAACUUGGGAACCUGCCACUUUAAGCUGUAAAGGUGUGGAUUGUGGCGUUCCACCUUCUGUUUUAAAUGCACAUCCAGCAUCCGUAAGUGGGACCACAUACAGAAGUGAAGUUACUUACAAUUGUGCUCAUGGUUACUUUAUUGCAAGCGGCAAUCAGACUGCAGUCUGCAAUGCCAAAGGACAGUGGGAUGGUACUGAUUUGGUGUGCAAAGAAAUAGACUGUGGCAAACCUUUGCUGAUUCCACACACAGAAAUAAUCUGGGACAACUCUACCACUCUAGGAAGCAGAGUGUACUAUCAGUGUAAAGAAGGAUAUUAUUUUAAUGGAGAAAGGAAUUUUUCAGAAUGCACAACAGAUCAGUUGUGGGAGAAUAUUACAUACAAAUGCAAAGUGGCAGACAUAAUUCUACAUCUAAAGCCUGCAAGAGAUCUCUUUCUAAAAAAGCACGCUGUGGAAUCCUCUGCUAACACGAAUCUUCCCUGUAUGCUCUUGUUUCCUAUUGUAACUAAAGGGACUACUCAAAUCACUUUCCCCUUGUCCUGUGACUCCAUGCAUUAA